AGACGGGUGUAUAGAACAACAACACAUGUACCAUGUGAAUUAGGACAGAUCAUGGAUUCAGAAACGUUUGAAAAAUCUCGUCUAUAUCAGCUGGACAAGAGCACUUUCAGCUUUUGGUCAGGGCUGUAUUCAGAGGUUGAGGGCACUAUGAUUCUACUCUGUGGAGGAAUUCCUUUUCUCUGGAAUCUGUCUGGUCAAAUCUCUGGUCAUGCUGGAUUUGGACCAGAAUAUGAGAUUGUUCAGUCAUUGGUAUUCCUGCUUCUUGCAACGCUCUUCAGUGCAGUGACCGGUCUCCCAUGGAGUUUAUAUAACACAUUUGUCAUAGAAGAGAAACAUGGCUUCAAUCAACAGACACUGGGAUUUUUUUUUAAGGAUGCCAUCAAGAAGUUUAUUGUGACUCAGUGUAUUCUGUUGCCGGUUACAUCCCUCCUGCUUUACAUUAUUAAAAUAGGGGGAGACUACUUCUUCAUCUAUGCCUGGCUCUUCACAUUAGUUGUUUCCUUGGUGCUUGUUACAAUCUAUGCAGACUACAUUGCCCCUUUGUUUGAUAAAUUCAUUCCGCUUCCUGAGGGAGAGCUCAAGCAAGAAAUUGAAACAAUGGCAAAGAGCAUUGACUUCCCAUUGACCAAGGUGUAUGUGGUUGAAGGUUCUAAGCGUUCUUCUCAUAGCAAUGCUUACUUCUAUGGAUUCUUCAAGAAUAAGCGGAUAGUGCUGUUUGAUACCCUCCUAGAAGAUUAUUCUGCAUUGAACAAAGAGCCAGCAGAAGGAGCCAGCAGUGAGAAUGAAGAGACAAAGUCUAAAACCAAAAAUAAGAAACAAGGAUGUAAAAACGAAGAAGUUCUGGCUGUACUUGGCCAUGAAUUGGGUCACUGGAAACUAGGUCACACUAUCAAAAAUAUCAUCAUCAGCCAGAUGAAUUCCUUCCUCUGCUUCUUCUUGUUUGCUGUGUUAAUUGGUCGGAAAGAACUCUUUGCUGCAUUUGGUUUCUAUGAGACCCAGCCUACCCUGAUAGGCUUGAUGAUUAUUUUCCAGUUCAUUUUUUCACCUUACAAUGAGGUUCUCUCCUUUUGCUUGACUGUAUUAAGCCGACGAUUUGAGUUUCAAGCAGAUGCAUUUGCCAAGGAACUUGGGAAGGCUAAAGACCUGUAUUCUGCUUUGAUCAAACUAAACAAAGAUAAUUUAGGAUUCCCUGUUUCUGAUUGGAUCUUUUCAAUGUGGCAUUACUCCCAUCCACCCCUUUUAGAAAGACUUCAGGCCUUGAAAGAUGCAAAGCAAGAGUGACAGGAAUCAUUGUUGGUUCAGAGACAGUGCUUCCAUCUCAGAAGCAAAGUUCAGAGCUGCUUUUAAAAUUGCUUUUUAAAAGGAUAAUUCCAAUUAUAUGCAGUGUUAACAGCACCACACUCUGGUCUGAGAAUCCUGAAAUAGAUAUUAAAUUAAAUGAUAUUAUUUUAUUUUAACAAAAACAAAACUGUGGGACUUAAUUUAGAGAAAGUACUGUAUAUAGACUUUUUUUUUCCUUUGGCUUUUAUCUUCACAUUAAAGUAUAGACUUUGAAGGAAGAAAAAAAAUGUAGACUCCAAAGCGCACAUUUCUUCUGUUUGCGUAUGCCUUGAACAUUGCUUUUGAUUCUCUUCCCAUUCUCAGCAUUCUGCAAGUGAGCUGAACCUUCCCUUCCCAGUCUCAAACCUCAUUCAUAGCGAAGAGGGUUUGAGUGACUGGGCUUCUCAUGUGAUAAUACUUGUACUAGCCAAUCACUGUAUUUAAAACUUGAAUGCAAGUACUGGCCUUUCUCCUGGAUUCAGAUUCAUGUCUGUUUUAAUUGAAAAUGUUGUUUAAUAAAACUGCUUUCUCUGAAAUUGGGGAAUAAGGUUGAAUUUCAGCUAAGGAAAUGUACCAUGACUUCCUUGAAAAUGAGCAUUAGUCUGUAUUCAGCAGCAUUAUAAUAGGAUUGGGCUCCACCUCUCCUCCGAUGCUUCGGGAGGAGUGGAAGGAGGUUAUGGAGAACCAAGAAAGGACCUGCAUGUUAAAGAAAGUUGCUAAUUCUCUGUUCUUCUCCAUUUUGCCUAUGAACAGAAUGGUUAACAGCUUUUCCACACCUCAGUUCCUCUAUUUCUGUCUUCUUUUGCACAAGUAGGUAGAGGCUCAGACUGUAUCAGAGCAAACCAUUCAUUCUGAGGGCAGAGGGAGGUGUGGAAGCACUCUGCAACAGGCUCUUUAGUUAAUAUGAAGCCAAAUGAAAUACUAGUGUUGGAAUACUUAGAAGGUAUUCCCCAUCAUCUUUCUGAUUUAAAUAAUCUGAGAUAGUUUGUUGAUAUGUGAUAUAGGUUAGGGAAGGUCAGAGUGGGUAACUGGGGAGCAGCAUAUAAUAUGUGUCUGUUUUCUCAGACCUUUCUAAUCAGAGAUGGGAUUAAAUUUACUUUUGUUGGCAUAAAGAUAGAAGUUAAAUGUAGGUUCAUAUGUGCCAUACAUAUAUGUGUCGGACCAGAAUGAAUGCAAGCAUUUCAUAUACAAAUCAGAUUUGGUAUCUGUGGUAAAUUUUAGAAGUUCCGCUCAGCUCUAUGCAAAGCGAUAACAGAAUCCAAGCAAAUUCUGAUCUUUUCAGGUGUCAAAUAUUCUCAGAGACUUUGUUAGCUUAAAAUUGCUUUUCUGACUGCCUGAAAUAGGGAAAUAUGCCUUACAAGGUGAUGGGCACGAUGAUGUCUCAGGUGCAACAAGAUGUAAGAUGUUGCUGGAAACCCUUUGUAUGCCUUAUUCUGAUUGUGUUUAUAUGCUAACAAAUGUGAAGCUAAGCUACAGCCAUGGGUUUAGGAGACAAGUUUACAGAUAUGGGAAGCCUAUAUUUGUUAUCUUAAUUGCAUUUUAUAAAUGGCCCUUCAAAAUAAAAGGAUUAACUUGGACCUGUCAAUUCAGAAAACUAAAUAAAUGUGCUAGGUCUUGAGUUGUGGAGGUAUUGGUUGGUCUGAGCCUAUGGAAAGCAUGUUGAAAGCACUCUGAGAAAAGCAUUUGUCUCAACUAUUAAUUAAAACUUAAUUUAAAACUGAA